AUGCUCCGCCGCAUAUCGAUAAGAAAAUUCCCAAACUUUUUAGCCGCAUCACUUCAAGGUCUGAUCCUGAUAUCAGCGUCUACUACCGGUAGUAUACGAACAAAGGGCAAAGUACAGGCUCAGCGUCUCUCAGCUGUUACAAAUCUUCUAGGUCUCUCACUAUGCUACGAGAAAUGCAAUAAACCCCGAAAUGCGCGGACGGCGCGCAUCGUCAAGGCUCGAGAACCCCAGCAAGUCGAAUCGAGAAAACGAGUCCUCCUUUUCCACGGCACAAAAUGUCCUCAGCCAGUGGCUUCCGUUCUCAAAACCGUACACACCCUAACAAAACCCGACUCCGUCCUACUGCACAAGAAGAACGAGAACAUCUACCCCUUCGAAGACACAGCCUCGAUAGAAUUUCUGGCGCAGAAAAAUGAAUGCGGCGUGGUGGUCUUUGGCACCCACUCCAAGAAGAGGCCCAACAAUAUCACGAUCGUGCGUAUAUACGAUGGAAAAGUCCUUGAUAUGGUGGAGCUCCUCCUUCUCGUGCCUGCGGACCAGCCGCCGACCGAACCGAAGAUGGAGGUUGGGGUGGGAAUGAAGCCCUUAAUCUUGUUCUCGGGCUCGCAAUGGGACGACCCUUCUUCUUCUGCACAAGCGACACUCUACCAGACCCUCAAGUCAACACUGCUCGACCUCUUCCAGGGCGAAGAAGUGCCCUCCAUUGACGUCGUAGGCUUACAAUACGUCCUGAUGAUUGCCUCGGGUGAGAGCACAAGUUCGUCCGGAGAUCUGAAUAAUCCCGCCGACAAGCCUGUGCUUCAUCUUCGUUGGUACAAGAUUCGGACCGUGAGGUCCAACAAUGCCAAAAUCCCCCGAGUGGAACUCGACCCAAUGGGCCCCAGCUUUGACUUCCGAGUCAGUCGUCACCGAGAAGCCGACUCAGCUGUGAUGGCAGAUGCGCUGAAGCAUGGACGCAGACCGAACGAGGCAAGGACCAAGAAGAACAUUGAGACUGACUUGGUCGGCGAUAAGAUUGGUCGCGUCCAUCUGGGGAAACAGGACCUUUCAACGCUGCAGACAAGAAAGAUGAAAGGCCUCAAACGAGGACGAGACAACCUUGGAGAAGACCAGGAAGGCAGGUACGAAGGUCGCUUCGACCAAGAUGAUCUUAGUGAUGACGAGGACCUGGUCGACGGUGGAAUGGAUGUGGAUGAUGAGGUCUCGGAAGGGGGGAGCAGUGGUGGUGGCAGUGGGGAUGAGAUCAGUAUUGGUGAUGAUGAUGCCGAGAUGGGAGAGGGAGAUGAUGCGGAUGACAAGCCGAAGCGGCAACGGAUUUCAUGA